UGAACGGAACUGAACGCUGCUGCAUCUGUGAGUUUCAUUCACCAACAGACAACAGGACUAAAUCACAAUCGAUCAGGAUUUAUUUUCCUCACAUCCGCGCUUGGAUGAGGUUUAGCGCUUCAGACGGGAUUCAGAGAUUCAGAGCGCAUCAAACUCUGUUUCGUUCCCGGUCCGUGAGAGAUGCCAAGGAAAGCAACUCUUCACGAGUCUUCUUAGCGUGCGGAUCUCAUCAGAUUCCCUCCCGGCUGAUCAUAUGCACGUCGACCUGCGGAUCCAAGCAUCAGGAGAGUUUGAGAGUAUCGAGUUUUAUUCGUUCUGUGUCUGUCUGGAACAUGACACAUAGGAUGCGGAACGGACUGUGACCGCUGAUUCCUCCAGCAGUAGAGACACACACUGCCGAGAGUUGGUUCUGGGAAAGUCAUCUAUCCAUUGGACGUUUUCUGGCCGGGUCGCCUUUCCAAGAUAUCACACGUACUCCAGUCUGAAGAGACGCUAUAGCCAUAUUUGUUUAUUUGACUUCCCCCUCUCUCUACCCAUCCAUCUGGAUACGUUCCUUCCCUUCCCCAUCCCACAUUCAUCAUUCCCUCCCGUGACAUCAUGCAGAGUUUUCGGAACUUGCUUUCUCUGAUUACUUUGUUUCAUAUGCUUCCCUGGGCCUCCAGUCACAGUCUGAACCCAUUCACCGGGCCUCAAGUGACACCGACAGACCCUUGCUAUGACGAGACGGGCGUCGCCCGCCGAUGUAUCCCAGAGUUCAUCAAUGCAGCAUUCGGCCAAGAGGUUAGCGUAUCGAGCGCAUGCGGCCGGCCACCGUCUCGCUCCUGCAGUUUAGUGGAACGCGACGAACGUCCCGCUGUGCGCUUAUGCCAGGUUUGCGAUGCAUCGGACCCUCGCCAUGCUCACCCUGCCUCCUACCUCACCGACCUAAACUCAGCCCACAACCUCACCUGCUGGCAGUCGGAGAACCUGCAGGGCUCACCGCUCAACGUGACACUCACGCUGUCGCUCGAGAAGAAGUUCGAGAUCACGUACGUCAGCCUGCAGUUCUGUUCUCCGCGGCCCGAAUCGCUGGCCAUCUAUAAGAGCAUGGAUUAUGGCCGCACUUGGACGCCUUACCAGUUCUAUUCGUCGCAGUGCCGUCGCAUGUACAACCGACCCAACAAAGCGGCGAUCACCAAGCAGAACGAGCAGGAAGCUUUAUGCACAGAUGGACACACCGAUCUCUACCCGCUUUCCGGCGGCCUUAUCGCUUUUAGCACAUUAGACGGACGCCCUUCGGGCAAGGACUUCGACUCGAGCCCUGUUCUGCAGGACUGGGUGACGGUCACUGACAUUCGAGUGGUCUUCAGUCGCCCGCAGCACCCUAGAGCGCUGCCAAUGUCGGAACGCGAGAGCGAAGACCCACUCGGGUCGCCUGGAACGCUGCCUACUUAUUACUAUGCGGUUGGCGACUUCCAAGUGGGCGGGAGGUGUAAAUGUAACGGCCACGCCUCCAGGUGUGUGCGAGAGAAGGACGGGAAACUGGUGUGCGAAUGCAAGCACAACACAGAGGGUCCGGAGUGUGACCGCUGCAAACCGUUUCACUACGACCGGCCCUGGCAACGUGCAACAGCGAAAGAAGCCAACGAGUGCUUGCCGUGCAAUUGUAACCUGCACGCGCGGCGCUGUCGCUUUAACAUGGAGUUGUAUAAGCUGUCGGGCCGUAAGAGCGGAGGAGUGUGUAUGAACUGCAGACACAACACUGCUGGACGCCACUGCCAUUACUGCAAAGAGGGAUUCUACAGAGACAUGGGCAAACCCAUCACACACCGCCGAGCCUGCAAAGCAUGUGACUGCCAUCCGGUGGGAGCUGCAGGUAAAACGUGUAACCAGACGACGGGUCAGUGCCCGUGUAAAGACGGGGUGACUGGCAUCACAUGCAACCGCUGUGCUAAAGGGUAUCAGCAGAGCCGGUCGCCCAUCGCCCCGUGCAUUAAAAUCCCUGUUAUAAAGCCGACGGCUGUGAUCAGCACUACAGAGGAGCCUGCAGAUUGUGACUCAUACUGUAAACCACUGAAGGGAAAUCUCAAGAUAAACAUGAAGAAAUACUGCAAAAAGGACUACGCUGUCCAGGUCAGUGUGUUGGACAUGGAGACCAUCGGUGACUGGGCCAAGUUUGCCAUCAGCCUGGUGUCUGUGUACAAGAGCCGCGGAGAGCCGCUGAAGAGAGGCAAUCACGUGUUGUGGGUCCAUAUGAAGGAUCUGGCCUGCAAAUGUCCGCGGAUACACAUGGGCAAACGCUUCCUCAUCCUGGGCACGAGUGAGGGCGCAGCGAACCCUGAACGCCCGGGACUGCUGGCCGACAAAAACAGCCUGGUCAUUCAGUGGAGGGACAUUUGGACUCGACGACUGCGCAAGUUCCAGCGCAAAGAGAAGAAAGGCAAGUGCAGCAAAGCAUGAUGGGAUGGCAGGGAACUCUUUAUUAUUGACCACUGUCCUGUGUACGGGGGAGACUGCGAGAGCGAACUCUGCGUAUCGUCGUUUCCAGUGCGUUAUUUGAUGUCAUCCUGUUGGUCAGCCUUCUAAAGGGACCGCUAAAAAGACUGUUUCUAAUCACACACCACUGAAUCCCUCACACACACACACACACACGCUGCAGUUUGACUGAGCUGCACACGGACUGAUUCCAUUUCCUCUCCAAGCCACAAUUUAAUCAAUCAAAUAUGAAAUACGUCCUCAAAUUACAAAUCAGGGGAACGGUUCUGUCCACAUCUGGUUCGGUUCUUCUAGUCUUUGUGGCCUUCAUCAGAUGGUCACACUGGUGUUCACCACAUGCUGCUCACUUCAGUUCUGAAAACCUCAAAAUCUUCAUCAUCAUCAUCAUCGUCAGCCUGGAUCAUUUCACUUUUGAAGAGCCUAUUAAGCGCGCUCGUAUCUGUGGGUUGUGUGUCGUACGUGUGGAUGUGUGUACUUUGAUAUGGAAGGAUCUAGUGCAGAAUAGAGCAAUGUCCGUUAGCAGACAGAAACAUACUAGGCGCAAGUAUGCAAAUGCACGAAUGCUUGGCAAACAUAGUUUCAUUUUGCAUUUUUAACAUGCUUUUUUGAGUUACUGUGGCAGGGACAAAUGUCUGUCAUUAAAGGGAUAGUUCACCCAAAAUUCAACCAAAA